GUCAUGGUAAGUAAAACAUGAGACUUUGCGCAGAUGAGCUUCUCUUCCGUUUGUGAUGUCCAAGACACUCGUGUUCCUUAUCGUUGUUGCAUUAUUUACAUAUUACUUCUGAAUUAGCAUUCAUUGGUUGUCCGCUGUUAUGCAUACAGAGUCUGAUUCAACAACUAAAGACAAAGUCUAACCUGUUUGACGGGUGAGUCUCUGGAUAUGUCACUUUACAUGACUGACUUCACGGGCAUGUGCUGACUCCCUCUGACUUUAAGAUUAUCUCAAUGAAGUCUACGACUGAAAAUUCCUGGAAAAGUAGCAUAAUGAUUGAAAAAGGCAUGUUAUCAUCCAAAGUUCCAGUUUCCCGCACCUUGAAAGAGAAAUUAUCCAGAAUGGCUCCUGAAAAUGGUCCUGCCAGAGGAGGGAAUAAAGAGGAACAUAUUAAUGGCAAAAUUUCAGCAGUUGGCCCAAAACGUCCAACAUAUUCAACACAGGUUUCAAGUGCUUAUCACAGGAGAAAACUGGGAAAUCCCAUCAAAGAAUCCAUAGCUGAAGUAGAGCUUCUAAGACUCAAGGCAGAAAAUCAAAAGCUAAAUAAUGAUCUUUCUGAGGCAAAGGAAAAUAUUAGUCAAUUAUCAGACAGAAAUUCCCAUCUUGUGUGUGAUAUUGAAAAGCUUCAGAUGGAUCUUGAAACCAGCAUGAUCUUUUUGGGAAAAAGUAAUAUAGACCCAGUUUUUACAGGAAAGACUCUGGAAUCUGUAAAAGACCAUGAAGAAACUAGAAAAAAGACAAUGAGCACAGUUAAAGACUUGAAACAAGAGCUGGAGAAUUUCAUCAGGAGUGCUGUAGAACAUAGAAAACAGCUACAGGAAUUUGAGUCUAAACACAGAUUACUACAAGAAGAACGAAAGCGCUGUGUUCAAGAGCAAGCAGCCUUUGAAAAAGACUUGCAGUGUAUGCAGAGAGAGCUUGAAAAAGCCAAAGAGCUCUUGGAAAUGUAAUAUAAUGUUUCAUAAUCUGAAAGCACACAAACAAAAAACUGUACUUUGCAAACACUUUUCCUUUUCUGCUAAUUUGUAUGUUUAUGACUGAAGGUUGUUGUUGUUGUAAAUCUUUAUAAAACUUUACUCUGUAUUUAAUCCUUUACAUAUUUUAUAUUUGUACAGACAUUAAGUAACUAUUUAAAUUCAUCAGCUUCAGAUGUUUAUAUUUUUAAUAACAUCUUGGUUGCAACACAUUUUUGUGUUCAUGAGUUCCUGUUCUUUAAUAUGUUAGCGGAUCAUGGCAGGGUAUAAUAUAUUUCACCAAGGGAGAACACCCAAACCCCUGCUUUGAUGAUCACCAUUGAUUCACCAAGGAGGACAACCAUGGGUCAAGAAGACGCUUAAAUGUGAUAAAAGGGAGUUGCAACAUUAAAAAGACUGUAAAACAUUGGCUUAUUAAGUGUAAACCAAGAUGAGACACCACAGGAAUUGAAACAUUUGAUUUUUCUUGUUAAUUUUGUAAUUUCUUGUUUGUUAAGAUUUGACUUCCUCUUAAUAAAAAUAUUUUUUGAAAAGGUAAUAUAUUUCUGCUGCUGUUGUCUAAG